AUGAAGGCGGAGAAGGCAGCGGUGGCCGCGGCCGCCGUCGGGGGCGACGAGUGGCGGUGCCGGAAGCACCCCGCGGCGAGAUCCGGCGGCGGGGUGUGCCCGUACUGCCUCCGCGACCGGCUGCUGCGGCUCUGCCCCAACUGCGCGCGCGUGCGGCCCUGCCCCUGCACCUGCGCCUCCCCGUCCUCCUCCUCCUCGGCGUCCGGCGACGCCGUCGGCCGGGUGCACAGCCUCAUCGAGCGGGAGCACCGGGUGGCGCGCUCGCGCUCCGUCGCCGCGUCCUCCUCCGCCGCGAUGGCCUCCGUCGCCGCGGCCGCCUCCGCCUCCGGGAGGCGAAAGGCGAGGGUCUGGGGGUGGGCGCCGUUCUGGAGGUCCUCUGCCAAGGACGGGAGCGCGGCGGAGGAGGACGAGGAGGAGAGGCUGGGGCUGGCGAGGUCCAGCUCGGUCUCGGCGACGGCCGUGGAGGCCAAGGCGGUGGCGGCCAAGGCGGCGGCGACCAAGGCGCGGUGGGGGUGGCACUUCCCGAGCCCCAUGAAGGCGUUCCGGCACCGGAGGUCGUCGGCGAGCAUGCCGGAGCGGGGGUGA